AUGGCCACCAAUUCCACCUCCACCUCCACCUCUACUUCCACACCAGGCAAUGUCACACUAUACAAAGCUACAGUCGACGAUAUACCCACAAUAAAAGCCAUAAUCGAUGCCGCAUAUUUUAAAUACAUCGAGCGCAUUGGAAAACCACCAGCACCGAUGUCCGAGAAUUGGGCAGAAGUUAUCCAAACACACGAUGUUCUCGUGCUGCGAGAUAGCGAACGAGUCGUCGGCUCCAUCACCUUUCACGUUGACGAGGAAUCGGACUCUCUCAAAAUCGACAAUCUGGUCGUGGAUCCAACCAUACAGGGUCGCGGCUAUGGAGGCUUUUUGAUCGAGCAUGCAGAACUGGAAGCUCAACAACGUGGGCUACCCAGUGUGACUUUGUUUACGAAUGUAAAAAUGUUCGAGAACAUUGGAUUCUAUGCAAAACUGGGCUUUAAGGAGAUGGAUAGAAAGGUAGAGGAUGGGUUUGAGCGUGUAUACUUCUACAAGAAGCUUUCUUGA